AUGCCGACAACGAGGCCUUACCUAGUACUUCGUGAACGUUUGUCGCAGAUAUGGAUUAACAGAUAUACGUUGAUUCUUACACUGGCGCUUGUAAAACUGUUCUUAUUUGCAAGGACUCUUUCAAGCUCUUUGGAAAAUUCAAAACACUAUGUCCUUGAUCAUUGCACGACUAUAGAUAACUUUUACAACUCAUUAAGAGAUGGCACACCUCAUUAUAUGACUAAAAUGGGUAAUUUUGUUAUAACCAAGGCUGUUGAAGCUACAGUCGAUUCUACGUUGGCUCUAAUAUCAAUGCUAGUCACUGUUGCUGAAUUCGUAGUAGUAUUCAUGGUUGAAUUAUGGUUGGGUACUCAAGCGUGUUUACUUUUCAGUGCUAUUCACGGCGCGGUAGAUCUGGCAACAAGUUCUGCUGAAAAGGUAGUCGGAUUUGUAAACAGUACUGUAAUAACGGCCGCAAAUGACAUCGACGAUGGUUUAAAUGCUCUUUCAAAGGUUAUUAACGAGGUUCUCAAGGUUACAGACAAAGUUGGAGACCUAUUUCGUAACGAUGACGAUGAUGACGAUGGUGACGGUGAAGACAUCAACUCUCACAUUAAAAAAGUUAAUUUGACAAUUGCAGCAUUACGCAAGAUUCAGAUACCAUCAAGUGUAAAUGAAAAGCUCCAAUCUCUAUCAAAGAACACUCCUGAUUUUGAAACAGUGAAGAACAAGACCAAGACCAUGGUUGUAAUUCCCCUACAAAAACUUAAAACAGACAUCAAAAGUGUUAACACUACUGGUAUGAUCAAGUCAACUGACCUAAUGGAGGUUCCCCCAAUAUAUUCUUCGGGUGAGAAUGGUGUAUGUUCGGCCAAUCGACCCGGUAUCGAGAAGCUGUACGGCAACCUUGAUAAGACCCUUAAAUACACCCUGAUAGUCAUAAUUGUUAUGUUAUUGGUGGGUGCCAUUGCAGCAAUGGUUCCAGUAGCUUGGAGUGAAUAUCGACAGUGGUGUCGACUAGAAGAACUGCGUGAGGCUGGAGAAGAGUCAAAGCGUUAUACUAUAGACCCUUUCGGUGACAAUUACAAAGAUAUAGACGUAAUUGAGUGCCAUCAAACUAUCUACAACAGGUUUCCUUCCUAUACCGGUAAGUGGCUUGCUAGGUAUUUAGCCCGUACACAUUCCCAAGAAAACGAAGUACGGUGGCUGACCGCAUAUAUCUUUUCUCCGCGAGCUAUAGUCAUCCUGUUUGUCGCAAUCACAGGUCUCCUCCUUUGUCUGCUGCAGCAUAUACUACUGCAGUCAUUAGAGCGAUCUCUUUUGGGACAAGAUUCAGCCAUAUCUAAGAUAGCGUCCAGCACUGGAGAUCAUCUUUCGGGUGACAUGAAACAAUGGGCGGCCUCCAGUAACAGCUACAUCGGCUCCGCUGAGUCAUCCAUCAACGACCAUAUGUUCGGUUGGCUGACCACCGCAACAUCAUCACUCAACGACACCACGUCUACUUUGCUUAAUGACAUUGAUGGGGUCGUCAAUAGCACUUUCAAGGACACCCCGCUCUACGGUCCAAUGAACACAGUCGUACGGUGCGUGAUCAGCGAUAAACUCCGCUCCGUGGAAAAGGGAUUGACCUGGCUACACGACCAUGCCCACAUUUCUCUUCCGCGCAUUGACCAAGGUCAGCUACAGUCAGCAAUCGAUGAGCAGGCAUCGGACAACUCGCAGCCGUCCUCCUCCCCUUCGUCCAUCCAUUCAAUGAUGCAAACGCUUGGCGAAACCAUGAAGCGCUCGAUCCUGCUCGUAAUCGCACAGCAUCGGCGCCUACUUCGGCUGGAGCUUAUCAUAUCGCUUGCAAUACUGACCCUAUGGUGUCUGCAACUUCCGAUAGCACUUUUCUGGCUUACACAUAAAAGAUACCGUGCUGCAAGGAAUAGCGAUUGUUCCAUGCCUGCAUACAAUUUCCACGCAUAG